AUGACUGUGGCUACAUUAGGUUACACGAUGGUCAUUUGUGGCAAUAGUGAUGAUCCACAACAUAGGUAUCGAGGACGGAUCGAAAAGGUCAAAUUUGGAGUCCCAAUUGAGGAAGCCUUUGCUCAUGAUAUACCCGCUACUUUAUUAGUAUUGCUAUUAAAAGUACAUAAAGAUGGUCCUGCUAAAAAGGAUAUCUGGCGUGCACCGGGUAAUCAAGCUCAAGUACGAAAGCUUUCACAUAUCAUGCAACACGGAAGACUUGUAAAUAUUGCGAAUUUCAGUGUUUAUACUGCCGCAUCUGUUAUCAAGAAGUUUUUAUCGAAAUUACCUGGUGGCAUAUUUGGUGUCGGAAAUGAACAGAAACUUUUUGAUUUGUAUAAUAUAUCAUCAGAUCUUGAACUGCAGCGACAGUCAUUUUGUCGAGUAUUAAGCAGUUUACCGAUUCCAUCACAACACUUACUUGUACUACUUUUUGGCACUUUUUAUAUGAUCUCAGAGUCAGCCGAUUCAUUUGGCUCAAGAAUGACAACGGAAGCUCUUGGAAUUUCCGUAGCGCCUUCACUUUUCCAUUCAUGCAUUCAUGACGGGCAGCGGGCAAAGAUAGAAGAUGUGAUACGAUUCAAAAUUGCUUCCGAGAUUAUCUCAAGAAUUAUUGAAAAUUUUGGUUAUACAAAUCUUUUUCCACAAGAAAGUUACGAAUUUUAUGCUCGUAUAACUGGACGAACAUUACGAUUUGAUGAAAAUGAUUCACGACUACGGUUCGUUACACCAGCUAAUGUACACGAUUGGCCAGUACCAUCGCCCAGUACUUACUCGAUUAUGGCUGCCCAAUGUGCUGGAAGAUACUCGAUGAGUACCGUUGCAGCGAUCGACCACAUUAGCUCUAACUGUGUUUUGCCGGAAUCGCACAGUCAAUCCGAUAUGGUACUUAUGAGUGCUGAUGCCAUUGAUGAUAGAAGUGCGGUAGACCGGAAUUAUCGGUGUUAUUCGCGUCGACAAACGCAAUCAACAAGUCAUCACGGACUGAGAUAUAAACGACUAAGCAGCUCAGCUGCAGAGGUUCAACAUUCGCAUAGUGAUGAUGAUGAAAAAUAUUCGUUGAAUGUAGUUCAUGGUAGUGGAUUGUUGGAAAGUACUCAUUCACUUACCUAUCUUGAAUGGGUACAUGAAAGGCAAACAAGACGUAUGCGUACACGGUCUGAAUGGUUCCUUUUGCCUGCAUCAUCAGCAAAAAAUAGCGGCACAUCACAGUUAAGUGCUUCUGAAUUUUCCUCUACUAGCAUGCUUCAACCGUAUUCUCAGUUUGAUGACUCAACAGUGAGGUCACGUGAGAGACGCACGGAAAGUUCAGAUAAUGCUGAUGAAUGUCUCAUAAAUGUCACUCGAAAACUACCUUUAUCGAAAACAUGCGAAGGAGCAAUCACCUCAUCUUCAAUUAAUGUAUCUGGAGAACUUCCUGCAGCAACACAGCCAGCAAUGUCUCCAACAUCUAGGAUAGCUGGUGGUAUCGUUCGUCGACGUUCUUGGCGUACUCAUUACGUACGUCCUAAUCGAAUCGUUGAGAGUGGUAAUAAGGAACGAGAUUCGAGCGAAGUUACUAUUAUUUCAUGUAGAUCAGCGCCGUUAUACCGUCGUAAUGUACCAAAUACGUGCAGUCGAAGUUUGCCAGGUACUGGACAACCUAUACUACUACCAUCAUCUUUGAUUGAAUUGCAACAGCAGAGGCAGAAAUCAGGGGCAUCAUCACCGGAGUUUGAAAGGCGUUAUUAUCCAAAAAAUGGUAGUGAUAGUAGUAUUUCUCAUGGGAGAAGAUCAAAAACUGUUUCGCAAUUUAAAAAUGUUCAUUUCUAA